UGUGAGCUUAAUACCGAAAGUCCGCGCGUUAGGGCUUUAUUUUGACCGCUGCCACAGCCACUUAAAAUCAAACAUCAAAACUCAAAACUCAAAAUGCGAGGGAGCUGGCCAAGGCUUCGGCCCCCGGCGCUGGAGCUGCUCCAUCUGCUGCUGAUCCUGCUGCUCCACCUGUUGUCCGCCACCGAGUCGGCCUUCCGGAACGGCACCGCCAGCCGCGGAAGUGAAAAUGCCCGGAGAAACAACGCCACCUGUGCCCGGAGACUACUGCCGGAGAUCCUGCCGCCGCCGCAGAGCUGUCCGCCCGAAGUGCUCGGGAUGAGGGGCACCGUGUACAUCCUGUACGACGUGAACAUCUCCGAGGGUUUCAACCUGCGCCGCGACGUCUACAUCCGCAUGGCGGUUUUCGUGCGCCGGCUGCAGCGCCGACGGAGAUUCCGCCAGGUGCGCCUGGUCCUCCCGCCCUGGCCCCGCCUCGUCCACUGGCACUCGCAGGGCCUGCAGCAGGCCGGCCUGCCCUGGAGCCACUUCUUCGACCUGGCCAGCCUGGGCCGCUACGCGCCCGUGCUCGACUACGCCGAGUUCCUGGCCGAGCAGCGGCUCUUCGGCAAUCCGGGCGCCCCCCUGGUGCACGUGGCGCACGCCUUCCGCCUGCAGCACUACGAGCACAUGCUGGAGCAGGGCAUCUUCCGAGACAAGUUCGAGCGCGUCACCGACAAGCCGUGCAGCGAGGCAUCCCUGUCGGGCGGGGCACUGCUCCAGCAGCCGGAGCUGCGCGUGGGCCGCUUCCACUGCGUGCGAUUCCAGGGCAGCGCCGGGCUGCUGGAGCAGCUGCUGCGCGCGGCCAUUGCCGAGGACACGGCCGGUCCGGAGGAUGCCGACGACAUGCGCACCUACGCCCUGCUCAGCGCCGAGACCGUGCUGCACGACCACUGGGGCGACGAGCACUUCUGGCGCGCCCGCCGCUCUAUGCGAUUCAGCCCCGGCCUUGCCCAGGUGGCCGCCGACUUCCGGCACCAGGUGCUGGGCACCACGGACGCCACGGCCCGGGUGCAGCGGCCAGCGAUGUGGGAGCUGGAGCGGACGAAGCGGGACGCCAGGGGCGGAGACUACCUGUGCGCCCACCUGCGCAGGGGCGACUUUGUGCGGUCGCGGGACAAGACCACGCCCACCUUGAAGGCGGCCGCCCAGCAGGUGAAGCAGCUGCUGCGCGCCUUCAACAUGAGCACCGUGUUCCUGGCCAGCGACGCCACGCCCUACGAGCUGAUGGAGCUGAAAGAGCUUUUCCACCGCUUUCGCCUUGUGCACUUCACACCGGAGUCCAACGCCCAGCGGCGGCAGCUGAAGGACGGGGGCGUGGCCGUGGUGGACCAGCUGGUGUGCGCCUACGCCCGCUACUUCGUGGGCACGUACGAGAGCACCUUCACGUACCGUAUCUACGAGGAGCGCGAGAUCCUGGGCUUCAGCCAGGCCAGCACCUUCAACACGUUCUGCAAGGCGCUAGGUGGAAGCUGCUCCCGCAACGCCGUUUGGCCCAUCGUCUGGGAUGAUGAUGGCGAUGGCGACAUCGAUGACGAUGAUGGCGACACCGAAAGCGGGGAGGACACCAAUAGCAUUCCCUACUGAAUAACCUCUGUGUUCCCGGCUGCUGCCUUUGCGCAUCCGAUUGCCGUGCCGUAUAUACAUACAUAUGUUGUAAGACCACUCAAACUCUAGUUUUAAGUCCAAAGCGUGCCAGAUGAGCAACAGAGAUUCCGAACAACCUGCGAUUGUGUACCAAAAAAUAAAUUAAUAGCCAAUAUUCUGCACUCCAAAGUCCCGAGAGAUGGGAUUCAUGUCGGCAUUUAUAGGAUA